AUGAUGAUUUCAAGAGUUUCAAAGAAGUCAGCAACUCAAUUUAUGAGAACUUUAGCUAGUUUCACUCCUGCUAAACCUUUACAUGCUAGAGAUUUAAAUAAGCAAACUAUUGAAGCUAAAUAUGCUGUUAGAGGUAGAAUCCCCAUUAGAGCUGAAGAAAUCAAACAUCACUUACAAACCAAUCCUGAAUCUCAUGGAUUUAAAUUUGAUAAAAUCAUUAAUGCCAAUAUAGGUAACCCCCAACAAUUAGAUCAAAAACCUUUAACUUGGUAUAGACAAGUAUUAUCAGUAUUACAAUAUCCUGAUAUUUUGGAAAGUGAAGAAUUAUCCAAAUCCUAUCCAAAAGAUGUUUUGACCAGAGCAAAGAAUAUUUUAUCAUCAACAGGUUCUAUUGGAGCUUAUUCACAUUCUCAAGGUGAUCAAUAUAUCAGAAAAUCAGUAGCUAAAUUUAUUAGUCAAAGAGAUGGUCACCCAGCUAAUGCUAAUGAUAUUUUCUUAACUGCUGGAGCUUCAAGUGCAGUUUCUUAUUUAUUACAAAUUUUAUCUGUUGAUAAGAAUUCGGGAUUUUUAAUUCCAAUUCCUCAGUAUCCUUUAUAUACUGCCUCAAUUGCUUUAAAUGAUGCUAAACCAAUUGGUUAUUUCUUAGAUGAAUCCAAUAAUUGGUCAACUAAUCCUGAAGAAAUUAGAUCCUUAAUCAAAGAAAAUUCUGAAAAAGGUAUCGAUAUUAAAUGUUUAGUAGUGAUUAAUCCGGGUAACCCUACUGGAUCAGUAUUAGAAAAGGAAGAUAUUAAAGAAUUGAUUGAUAUUGCUGCUGAAUUUGGUAUUGUAUUAAUCGCUGAUGAGGUUUAUCAAGAAAAUAUCUUCCAAGGAGAAUUUAUUUCAUUUAAGAAAGUCUUAUCAGAAUUAGUCAUUGCUAGACCUGAUUUAUACUCAAAUGUUCAAUUAGCUUCAUUACAUUCAACUUCAAAAGGUUUUAGUGGUGAAUGUGGACAAAGAGGUGGAUAUAUGGAAUUAAGUGGUUUCACUGAUGGGUUCAAAAAUGUCAUGUUAAAAUUAGCUUCUAUUAACUUAUCACCAGUUGUUUCAGGUCAAGCAUUAAUGGAAUUAAUGAUUAAUCCUCCAAAACAAGGUGAUGAAAGUUAUGCUGUUUAUAAACAAGAAGUUGAUGAAAUUUAUUCUGCUUUAAAGGAAAGAUCUGAAUUAUUAUACAAUGCUUUCACUACUAUGACUGAUGUUACAUGUAACAAACCUCAAGGUGCCAUGUAUCUAUUCCCAAGAUUACAUUUUAAUAAACAUGGAUAUGCUAGAUUAUUCCAAGAAGCUCAAGAUUUAGGGGUUGAAAUUGAUGAAUUUUAUUGUAUUCAAUUACUUGAAAAUACUGGUAUUUGUUGUGUUCCUGGUAGUGGAUUCGGUCAAGUUAAAGAUACUUAUCAUUUAAGAACAACUUUCUUAGCUCCAGGAACUGAAUGGAUUGAAAAUUGGAGACAAUUCCAUGAACAAUUCAUUAAAUCUUACAAGAGUUAG